CGCCCUUUGCUUCAUUCUGAACAGCAAUGGCGUCCUCCUUUGCCGUGUGCAGGUUACAUAUGAGGGGAAGGUCCAGCCUUGUGAACUGCUUACAGAGAGUCGACACGUUUCACAUUAGAAGUAUUGGAACAGACGUCGUUGCUACCCAAGCUGAGGCAACUCGGAAAAACGAAAAUGUUGAAAAGGAUGGUUGCAAGUCUUUGCACACUCUCCAGGUGGAGAGACAAGAGCAAGCUGAGAGAUCUGUUCUCAUCAACUGCCAGUCAAGAACCAACGAAAACAUGUUCCUUAAGUAUUUUUCCGCACAUGGAGACAUCAAGGAAUACUUCUUUUAUGAAAGUCAUGGCAAGUAUGCUGUAGUGGAGUUUGCCAACCGGGACGGAGUUGCCUCUUUACUUGAAGCGGCCGUUAUCCCCAGCGUCAACCAAGAAUCCGCUCUGCCUUUCAAAUCAAGACUGCUAACACUGAGAAACCUCAGCCCAACAGCAGACUCAGCGAACCAGUCGUUAGGGAAAAUGUGCCAGCCUCAAGUGACUGUUCCCAUCAAUGAGCUCAUACAAAAACUGUCCAAGGAGGAGAGUAUAGACCAGCAGAUAACCGCCCUGACAGAAGCCUAUCAGCUCACAGAGGAGAACACCAGGCUGCGCUUCCUUGUCUGCUCUCUGCUGAAGGACGUCACGGCCGCUUACUUCCCAGAAUCCAACAUCAAACCCUUUGGCUCAUCAGUGAAUGGCUUUGGAAAGCUUGGCUGUGACCUGGACAUGUUUCUGGAUCUGGACAACAUCAGUGGGCGGAAUGUGAAAAUGCCUAAAUCAGGCCUGUCUGUGGAGUACCAAGUGAAGCAGGCCAACUCUGAGCGGGCCGUCACUCAGAAAAUCCUGUCCGUCAUCGGGGAGUGCGUGGAACAGUUUGGGCCCGGGUGCGUCGGGGUGCAGAAGAUUCUCAACGCCCGAAUCCCUCUGGUCCGUUUCGCCCACCAGCCCUCUGGCUUUCAGUGUGACCUUACCGCCAACAACAGGGUGGCGAUGAAGAGCACAGAACUGCUCUACCUUUACGGAGUGCUGGACCCCAGGGUGCGUAGCCUGGUGUUCACCGUGCGUUGCUGGGCCCGAGCUCACAGCAUCACCAGCAGCAUCCCCGGGGCCUGGAUCACCAACUUCUCCCUCACCGUCAUGGUGCUGUUCUUCCUGCAGACGAGGAGUCCUCCCAUAAUCCCCACAGUGAAUGACCUGCGCAACCUAGCAGGUCCUGCGGACAAGUGCGCGAUUGAGGGGAACGACUGCACGAUGGUCAGCGACUUGAGCAAGAUCCGGCUCCAGAACAACACGGACACACAAGAGCAACUGCUGCGUGAAUUCUUCGACUUCUAUUCAACUUUCGCUUUCAGCACUAUGUCCAUAAAUAUUAGAAAGGGCAAAGCGCAGAACAAGCCGGAGGUGUUUCCACUGCACAUCCAGAACCCCUUUGAAAACUCUCUGAACGUCAGCAAGAAUGUCAACGCCAGUCAGCUGGAACGCUUCAUCUCUCUGUGUCAGGAAAGCUCCUGGCUGUUGCAACAAGUCGAGAUCAGUUCACCCGCACCCAAACCUUGGGGACUGGCUACCCUCCUCCUACCCUCACAGGUGGCGGCGGUCACAAGUCGCAAGAAAAGGAAACGAGAGCCAGCCAGUGAGAGGAUCAAGGGCUUGUUAGAAUCCUUGAAUAUCAAAAAUCAGAAAAAGAAGAGCUAGUAUCUCUAAGACAUCUCCGAUACCAUGUCCGCUGGGGGACACUGGUGUUGCUGUCCAAUAUUUCACCUGUGAGGUGAGAAAAGAAAAGACCAGAGCUGGAGGCUGCAGAGAGGGGACUGUAGUCCCAAACAUGGACACUGGAGGGUGUUACUGAGGCCAGUAUCUGAAUAAGUUAGGGACCUGAAACAAGGAGAUGACUGCGUGGGUUACUGUAGACUUCACUACUCUGCUGUAAUUAAAGGCAAUCCUGUGGAAUCAGCCCUGCCAGGUCCUUCUUUAGGUCCUAUUUUCACAGGUUCACUUGAUACAAGAUCCCUCUACACAGAUCAUAACAGCAUGAGUCCACAGACGUCUACUGUUUACACUCAACUCAAAGUUAUGGACAUUUAUAUUUAUAUAUCAUUUUAUUGAUACAAAUAUAUAUCUACUCAUUACUUUGAUUGAGCAAAAAGCAGCUACAUGUAAGCAGAAUACACUAUUAUCAUUAAUAGUUCAGUGUAAAUGUAGGGCGACUGUUAUGCUUUCUUAAUCUCCAAAUAAAUUCCAAAUUUUAAAAGUU